AUCGUAUUAUAUCGAUAGAAAUAACUAUUAAUCGAUGUUGCUAUCGGUUGUUUGCCACUUCUAUGAAUCACACGUUUUUGUUUGGUAAAUAAAUAGUUAGUUGGUUAGUUGUAAAUGUGGUAAAUGUGGAAAUUAAAAUGAGUAUUUAUCACGACGAAGUUGAAAUAGAGGAUUUUGAGUAUGACGAGGAAGAGGAAAUUUACUACUAUCCCUGCCCAUGCGGAGACCGAUUCCAAAUUACCAAAGAGGAGUUGAUGGAGGGUGAAGAGGUAGCCACUUGUCCUAGCUGUUCACUCAUCAUAAAAGUUAUUUACGAUCCUGACAUGUUCAAAGCUGAAGAUCAGGAAGAUGGAAUACUGAAUGAAAAAUUAACGCAAUUAAAAUUAGAAACGAAUUAGACGUUUUUAUGGCCCAAAAGCAUGUUCAUGAAGCUUGUCACAGCUUGUAUGGAAUAGCCGUCCUUGAUUCAGAUUCGCCAGCAUUCACUGUGAAAUACGGUUGUGCCCGUGAGGUUCCUUGUGUGAAGUAAUCACUAUUUUUGAUAGAACGUUCAUAUUUUCAUAAAUUGGCUUUGUAACAUUGUGUUUCGAGCUCCUCAUCAAAAAUAAAAAAAUACAAUUUUGAAAAUA